AUGGACCCACAGCGACGUACGAAGGGUCUUUCCCGACGUUCUGCCGCAGAGCGCAUCCUCCGCCUAGGGACGCAGUCGCUUGGGGAGAACGGGAGCUCGGAACGCAUCCACGAAACGGGGGCAAUGACUGAAACGACCGGUGCGCUGUCAGGUGCUCGUUCCAGGCGAGCGCCGGGGACUGCCACUUCUUGGCAAGGCCCACGCGCCGGGCGGUAUCUGCCACCUGGCGUGGACGUGGACGGUCUGGGUGCGCUUCCGCACGAGAGCCUCUCGCCGCUCACUGUGGAGAAAACAGCACUUGAGACACCGACGCCCGCUGACCUGAAGCAAAACGGCGCACUCGCGUUCGCUAACGACGAGCAGGUUUCCAUCAACUUGCCGGAAAAGAACGAACCAUCUGGUGAUCCAGGCCCGGAGGCGUACUCCAAAGCGUCUACCCUACAGACCUUGCGGCAGCGCUGGUUCGUGAAAGCACCGCCCCGGCCACGCACCAUAUACCUGGAGAGUGGUACCACUAAUCCCAGCAAGCGUCGUUUUCCUGACAAUGCAGUGCGGAACUCCAAAUACAAUGCGCUAACAUUCUUUCCGCGGGCAUUGUACGAGGAGUUUCGAAUGUUUUACAAUAUAUUCUUCCUGCUUAUCGCGAUUUCGCAGCUCAUCCCCGCGUUGCGCGUCGGCUACCUGGUUACCUACAUUGGACCGCUUGCCUUUGUGCUGGCGGUGUCCAUGAGUAAAUCCGCCGUGGACGACAUCCUCCGCCGCCGCCGGGAUCACGAAGUCAAUCGUCAGGUCUACGAGAAGCUCGUAGCUGGCGGCAAUGGUGCUGUGGAGCGACGCACAACCCGCGCCUGCGAUCUACGCGUCGGUGACCUCAUCGUGCUGUCGAAGGACCAGCGCGUCCCAGCGGACUGUAUCCUCAUGAGGGCAUCUCCGGAUCCGAACGGAACUGUUUUUCUCCGCACAGACCAUUUGGACGGGGAAACAGAUUGGAAGCUGCGCCGCGCCGCCCAUUCGACGCAGUUGCUUCCCAGUGACGAGAGCCUCGUCGGGUUACAAGCCUCGGUUUGGGCAGAGGCACCGCGCAAGGAGAUCUACGAGUUUCACGGUAACUUGUACCUGCAGAAUGGAACGAUCGAACCCCUUGGUCUGGAAAAUACGCUCUGGGCAAGCACGGUGCUCGCUAGCGGGAAUGCGAUCGCGCUGGUGAUCUACACCGGCGCGGAGACGCGUUCGAUGAUGAACAUGACGGAGCCGCCAUCCAAAGUGGGUCUGCUCGAUGAAGAAAUCAAUUUUCUGAGCAAACUGCUUUUCUUAUUGCUCUUCUCAAUGGCGUUUAUUCUGCUCUGUUUCAAGGGCUUUGGUCGUCACUGGUUUCUCUACCUGCUGCGCUACCUACUGCUGCUGGCGUCGAUCAUUCCGAUUUCGAUGCGCAUCAAUUUGGAUUUAGCGAAAUAUGUGUACAAAUUUGUAAUUGAACGAGAUCAUGCCAUGCCCGGUGCCGUGGUGCGCAACUCGGAUAUCCCCGAGGAGCUCGGUCGCCUGGACUUCAUCCUCACAGAUAAGACCGGAACACUCACGAAGAAUGAGAUGGUUUUCAAGAAAAUUCAUUUUGGGUCCAUGUUAUUCGGGCGAGAGGCCAUGGACGACCUGAAAACGUAUGUGGAACGCGCGUUCGACGGCGGCAAAGAGUCGCUCGAUCGCGAGAUCCGCGAGUCUAUGCUCGCGAUCGCCCUGGCUCACAACGUGACCCCAGUUGAUAACGAUUUUCAGGCUGCAUCACCGGAUGAGGUUGCCUUGGUUCAGUUCGCAAACGCGACUGGGGUGCAGCUCAUCGAGCAUACACCGACCCGGAUUCGCUUGCGCGUUCCUGGUGGUGGCAUUGCAACAUUCGAGAUUCUGGUUGAGUUUCCGUUCACCUCGGUGGCCAAACGCAUGGGUAUUGUGGUGCAUGGACCGCAGGAGCCUAAUGUGCCGAUUCCGCGGCGCAUUAUGUUCUUUGUGAAAGGUGCCGAUUCUAUCAUCGGUCGAAUGGUGCGAGCGAAUGACUGGCUCGAUGAAGAGUGCGGGAACAUGGCUCGGGAGGGUCUACGCACACUCGUCUACGCCAUGCGGUAUCUGACAGAACCCGAAUAUCGGGAGUUCGCUGAGCUGUAUGGAGCGGCGCGUGCGCGCACCCAGGGGCGUACCGAGGCCAUGGCCGCCGCCCAGGCGCGUCUGGAACGCGAUCUGAAGCUGCUCUGUAUCACCGGUGUCGAGGACACGCUGCAGGAUGGUGUGAAGGCGACCCUGGAACAACUGCGCCAAGCAGAAUUCCAUAUUUGGAUGCUCACCGGUGACAAGGUCGAGACCGCCAAAUGCAUCGGUACCAGCAGUCGCCUAGUCGGUCGGAAUCAGCGCACGUUCACGAUAAGCGGCGUCGAGAGCCGUACCGUUGCCUCCCGACAACUCGCACAGUUCAAGCGUCGCCAGAAUGAGGUGCUCGUGAUCGACGGCACCACACUGGAUGUCAUGUUGCACCAUUUCCCCGAGGAUUUCAUUCAGGUGGCGGGCAAAGCGCCGGCCGUUAUCGCAUGUCGCUGUUCGCCGACGCAGAAAGGCGAGCUAGCGCGCCUCAUCCGUCGACAUCUGGGCAAGCGGGUGCUCGCCAUUGGCGACGGCGGCAAUGACGUAGCCAUGAUUCGACGGGCGAACGUGGGUGUCGGGAUACCCGGCAAGGAGGGUCGCCAAGCCAGCAUGGCCGCCGACUUUAGCGUUGCACAGUUCUCGCAUCUGCCGCGGUUGCUCGUGUGGCACGGCCGCAACUGCUACAAACGCUCGGCGUGCUUGGCGCAAUUCGUCAUUCAUCGAGGCCUGAUGAUCGCGGUGAUUCAGAUGUGUUUCUCGGCGUUUUUCUAUUUCGCGGCAGUUUCCGUUUUCAAUGGGCUCCUCAUGGUCGGCUAUGCCACCAUCUUCACCAUGUUGCCGAUAUUCUCGCUCAUCCUCGACCGAGACGUUCGAGAUACGAUCGCCAUGGCGUACCCGGAACUCUACAGCGAGCUCCGGCGCGGGCGUUCUUUGAACGUGCGCACGUUUCUGACCUGGGUUUUGAAAGGGUUUUACAGCGGCACGGCGAUUAUGACAUUUGCUGUCUUGGUGCUAUGGAACGACGAUUUUUUCACCACCGCGAAUAUUCAAGCGGUGGCAUUCACUGCGCUCAUAAUCUUGGAGCUGCUCAUGGUUGCGAGCGAAAUUCACACCUGGCAUUAUUUGAUGCUGCUCAGCGAAGCCUUGAGUCUGCUGUUCUAUGCGCUCGCGAUCUUUAUCCUUACACAGGAGUUCAAUCGCCGGCUCGUGUUCUCGGUCGGGUUCAUCUGGAAGACGGCGGUUAUCGUGAUCGUUGCUUGGUUGCCCAUUGAGCUCGCCAAGCGCAUCGAUCGCUGCCUUCGGCCGCCGCGGUACCUCAAAGUCGGCGAAGCGCCCGCGAGUACUGCGUAA